AUGAAACCGAGUCCCUACAGCGUCGAGUCUCUUUUCAGAGUUGAUGGUCUCGUCGCCGUCAUCACCGGCGGAGGCUCUGGCCUAGGCAGAAUCACAGCCCACGCCCUCGCCGUCAACGGAGCCAGGGCAGUCUACGUGCUUGGACGACGAGAAGAUGCCCUGGGGGCCACAAGAGAUACUUGUCCGAAGCCAGAGGCGAUAAGGCCUAUUGUCUGCGAUGUUACGAGCAAGGACGCGCUCAAGGCAGCGGCUGAUCGAGUUCGGGCAGAGCUGGGCUACUGCGAUGUCGUCUUCGCGAACAGCGGGAUCAUCACGGCUGAUAAUUCAGAUCUGAUGAAGGAAAUUAACAACCUCGAUCUUAAGGAUAUCCUGGAGAGUCUCUGGGAAUACAGCAUGGAGGAGUUUACGCAGUCUUUUCACGUCAAUGCCACGGCUGUUUUCUACACUGCCCUUGCGUUUCUGGAACUGCUCGACGAAGGAAACAAGAGAGCCGUGAUUCCCCAAAAGUCUCAGGUCAUCGUCACCGGUUCUGUCGCAAGCUUUGCUCGCCUCCCCAAGGCCGGGUUUGCCCACGGCAGCAGCAAGGCAGCAGCAGUGCAGCUGGCCAAGCAGCUUGCGACAAUGCUGGCCCCGCACAAGAUCAGAGUCAACUCCAUCGCGCCUGGGCUGUAUCCGAGCGAAAUCACCGAACGAGACAUCAGAGCCUCAAGCACGGAGAUUCGAGAGGAGGGCAGUCUACCAGGGUCGUUUAUUCCUCUGGCGAGGAUGGGCACGGAGGAAGAGUUUGCUGGGGCAAUGCUGUAUCUGACGAGCAAGGCGGGAGGAUACGUGGAUGGAACAGUACUUCUGACGGAUGGAGGUCGUUUGAGUAUCGCGACUUCGACAUACUGA